AAAAAAAACAGACUCUUUCUCCUUCCUCCAUUCCUCCCCUCAAGAACAGAAAUUCUGUUCCUGUCUGAAUCCAAAGCCGCAUCCAUCACAAAUGCCAAUGCAGGUGCAGAUGCUGCUCCACCGCCACCUCAAUUCCCCGUUCACCCUACCAAUUCCCCCUCGCUCCUCCUCCGCUUCGCCGCGGGGACCGCCGGCAAGGGCGCAUUCCGCCCGCGCCGCCGCGCUCGGGACCUGGAGGAGGGCGCCCGCCGCCGCCUUGCCGAGGAAGCCACCCAUGGCGGUCGGGGACACCGGCGCCUCCGCCGGCACCGCCGUCGAAAACCAGGCCGCCGAGGCCAUCCAGGCGUUCAUGCCGGACGCCAGGGCCUACUGGGUGACGAGCUCUCUCAUCGCCUGGGACGUCAGCGAUCAGGAAGCGUCGUCCGUCUGCCUGUACGCCAGCAGAGGCGCCGCGCUGCACCUCUCGCCAUCAAAUCGCGGCAUCCAAGGCUAUGACUCCAAAGUCGAGCUGCAACCGGAGCACGCCGGGCUCCCAGAGAGUGUGACCGACAAGUUCCCUUUCAUCAGCAGUUACAGAGCCUUCAGAGUUCCGAGCUCUGUCGACGUCGCCAGCCUCGUGAAAUGCCAGCUGGUCGUUGCUUCUUUCAGUGCUGACGGGGAACACGCCGAUGUUACUGGGCUGCAGCUACCUGGUGUAUUGGAUGACAUGUUUGCGUACACUGGACCGCUUGGUGCGGUUUUCAGCGAGGAAGCUGUGAGCCUGCACCUUUGGGCCCCUACAGCGCAGGAUGUGAGUGUGCGCAUCUUUGAUGGCCCAGUGGGGCCUGUACUGGAGACUUUGCAGCUCAAGGAGUUCAAUGGUGUUUGGAGUAUUACUGGACCAAGAGACUGGGAAAACCGGUACUAUCUGUAUGAAGUCGACGUGUAUCAUCCAAGUAAGGCGUUGGUUGAGAAAGUUUUAGCUGACGAUCCUUAUGCUAGAGGGCUUUCUGCAAAUGGUGAGCGGACUUGGUUGGUUGACAUUAAUUGUGAAUCAAUGAAGCCACCUUCCUGGGAUGAAUUGGCAGAUGAAAAGCCAAAGCUUGAUUCCUUCUCUGACAUAACCAUCUAUGAAUUGCAUAUUCGUGAUUUCAGUGCCCAUGACAGUACAGUGGACUGUAACUCUCGAGGAGGGUUUCAGGCAUUUACAUAUCAGGAUUCAGCAGGAAUGCAGCACCUACAAAAAUUGUCUGAUGCUGGUCUGACUCAUGUUCAUCUGUUGCCAAGCUUUCAUUUUGCCGGUGUUGAUGACAUUAAGAGCAAUUGGAAAUGUGUUGAUGAAUGUGAACUAGCGAAAUUCCCUCCAGGGUCAGAUAUGCAAGAAGCUGCAAUAGCAGCUAUUAAGGAAGAGGACCCUUAUAAUUGGGGGUAUAACCCUGUGCUCUGGGGGGUUCCAAAAGGAAGCUAUGCAAGUAACCCUGAUGGCCCGAGUCGCAUUAUUGAAUACCGUCAGAUGGUCCAGGCACUCAAUCGCAUAGGUCUUCGUGUUGUUAUGGACGUUGUGUACAAUCAUCUAAACUCAAGUGGCCCUUUCGGUAUCACCUCAGUGCUUGACAAGAUCGUUCCUGGAUACUACGUUAGAAGGGAUAUUAAGGGCCAGAUUGAGAACAGCGCAGCUAUGAACAAUACGGCAAGUGAGCAUUUCAUGGUCGAUAGGUUAAUUGUCGAUGACCUUCUGAACUGGGCAGUAAAUUACAAAGUUGAUGGGUUCAGAUUUGAUCUUAUGGGCCAUAUCAUGAAACGUACCAUGAUGAGAGCAAAAUAUGCUCUUCAAAGCCUUACAAGUGAUGCACAUGGAGUUGAUGGUUCAAAAAUAUACUUGUAUGGUGAAGGAUGGGACUUCGGUGAAGUUGCACGCAAUCAACGUGGAAUAAAUGGAUCCCAGCUUAAUAUGAGUGGAACAGGGAUUGGUAGCUUCAAUGAUAGAAUGCGGGAUGCUAUUAAUGGGGGCAAUCCAUUUGGUAAUCCACUACAGCAAGGCUUUACUACUGGUCUGUUCUUACAGCCGAAUGGAUUUUAUCAGGGCAACGAAGCAGAUACCAAGGCCGCGCUUGCUACUUAUGCUGACCACAUACAGAUUGGACUUGCUGGUAAUCUGAGGGAUUAUGUACUAAUAUCUCAUACUGGAGAAGCUAAGAAGGGAUCAGAAAUUUACACUUUUGAUGGAUUACCAGUCGGCUAUACUUCGUCCCCAAUAGAAACGAUAAACUAUGUUUCUGCUCAUGACAAUGAGACUCUGUUUGACGUUAUCAGUCUAAAGACCCUGACUGAUAUCUCAGUUGAUGAGAGAUGCAGGAUAAAUCUUUUAGCCUCCAGCAUGAUGGCACUAUCUCAGGGAAUACCCUUUUUCCAUGCUGGUGACGAGAUACUGAGAUCCAAGUCCAUCGAUCGAGAUUCAUAUAAUUCUGGUGAUUGGUUUAACAAGCUUGAUUUUUCCUAUGAAACAAACAAUUGGGGUGUUGGGCUUCCUCCAAGUGAAAAGAAUGAAGAUAAUUGGCCCCUGAUAAAACCAAGGUUGGAAAAUCCAUUUUUCAAACCUGCCAAAAGACACAUUCUUGCUGUCCUAGAAAGUUUUGUUGACAUCCUGAAGAUCAGAUACUCAUCUCCACUUUUUCGUCUAAGUACAGCAAGUGACACUAAGCAAAGGGUUCAGUUUCACAACACAGGGCCCUCCGCGAUCCCAGGUGUUAUUGUUAUGAGCAUCGAAGAUGCACGAAAUGAUAGUCCUCAGAUGGCUCAGCUAGAUGCCAACUUCUCUUAUGUCGUGGUCGUCUUCAAUGUAUGUCCGCAUGAAGUAUCCAUGGAUAUCCCUGCCCUUGCUUCGAUGGCACUGGAGUUGCAUCCAGUGCAGGUGAAUUCAUCAGAUGCAUUAGUGAGGCAGUCUGCAUACGAGGCGGCGACAGGCCAGUUCACCGUACCCAGAAGAACCGCAUCAGUGUUUGUCGAACCUCGGUGCUGAUUCCUUUCCUUGGGUGAAGAACAAGCUCAGUUUGGCACCGAAGUAAAUAAAUAGAUGAAGAAUAAGAGAGGGGAUGUACUACUGCUGUCAGAGUACAUUUCUGAAGAAAUAAACUGGAGAAUAAUAAGCUGUCAUGGCAUGGCUUUGUUUCUUAUCCGUUUUGUGUUAUACUGAAUAUUGAAACCAAAAUACAUAUAAUGAAACCAUAAGAUUUGUACCCCA